AUGGACCUCUUACAUAUACAAUCAGUUGGGCUAUCCACUAACCAAAACGAGGGCCUGAAGGUGCUCCGCGAAGCACCAACAGAAGUACCGGACAUCGAUAUUGUGGCAAUCCAUGACCUCGGCGCCCAUCCCGACAAGAGCUGGUGUAAGAACGUCGGUACGGCAGAAGAGCCGCAAUGGCGCAACUGGCUCGUCGAGGAUGAUAUGUUGCCAGCGGUAGCGCCAAACGCGCGUAUUAUGCGAUACGGGUAUCUGCCGCAUUGGCUCGAUCCAAUGAAGAUGCGGGAGUUCAUAGCUAUCGUGGCUGAGAAGUUACUAAUAGCGUUGAAGCAGCAAAGAAAGAAUGCUCCGUUCCGUCCGCUAGUGUUUGUAGCGCAUGGAUUUGGCGGGCUGAUUGUGCUUAAGGCACUGCUAGUAGCCGAAGAGGACCCCGAAAAAUGGCCUGGGGUAUUCUCAUGGAAUACCAGUCUGGUCCUCUUCGACAUGCCGUUUCGAGGUGCCCAGGGUAUGGAGCAGAUGGAGAACCUCGAGGCGUGGCUUGAGUACCACGGCCACCAGAUGAUGCAUUCAGACAUUGACUAUAUACAUGACCUAGUCGACACCUUUUCUAAAAAGAGGCGGGAUUAG